UAUGCUGUUAUGCAUUUUAUGUGCGAGGUCCUUUAAAACACUAGAGUCUAUAUAUAGUUCUAAAUAGUGUGUUUAUCUUGUGCAAAACUUUUUUGAGGUUUUAAGCAAGCAGAUUUAUUAAAAAAAAAAAUUAUGGAUUCGCAAAUAGUAAAUACUCGAAGAAAAAUAUUAAAUCAAGUAGUUUCAAGCAUUUUAGUAGAAUGUGGUUAUGAUACAUGUGAGAAGCAAGUAUUGGAAACACUCACCGAAAUGUUACAGUCAUUUAUUGUGGAGAUUGGAGCUUCAAGUAGAAAUUAUUGUGAACUUUCUGGUAGAACAGAACCUCUCAUAGCAGAUGUAAUAUUGGGAUUGAUUAAUAUGGGCAUGAAAUUAGAUAAUAUAGAGACUUAUGCAAAGCGACAAAAUAGGACAGUCUUGCCGAUGCUUCAACAACAAACACAAGCAAAACAACUGAAUAUCUUACAAGCUGGUGUUAAGCAAGGCCAUCCAUCACAUAUACCAAAUUAUUUACCAGCCUUUCCUGAUCCACAUGCAUAUAUCAGAACUCCAACACAUAAGCAACCAGUAACUGAAUAUGAAGCAAUUAGAGAAAAGGUAGCAACGCAGAAACGAGAUAUCGAGAGAGCUUUAACGAGAUUUAUUGCCAAAACAGGAGAGACACAUAGUUUAUUUCUCACGGAAGAUAACAGCAUGUUUCCACUAAUAUCUUGCAAACCACAAUUUCCGAGUUAUAUCUCUGCUCUUCUACCUCAAGACCAAAUAUUCGAGCCAGAUCCAGAUUUUCAGUUUGACUCAAACCCAGUGAAAAAGAAAAAGGAACAGCAAAGCGAAGAAACGGAAGAAAAUAAUCAAACACAAAACGAAAAUAUGGAACAGAAUGGUGAAACUAUUACGCAGCAGGAUGUUAUAGAUAAUCCAUAUUUAAGACCCGGAAAAAUUCCUAAAAAUAAAAUGCCAGGUAUGAUGAUACUUGGUCAAAAUUUUGUUAAAAAAGAGCUUGAAUCUUAAGUUUCAUCAUAUAAAUAAUAUUUCUUUUAAUUUAUUUAAAUAAUAUUGAUUAAUAUAUAAAAAAAGUUCAGAAAGUUUUAUUCAUGACCCUUAUGAAUUAUAAGUAGAAACUUUUUUUGAAUUUGUCUUAUAUGUAGAUCUAUAUACUUAUUCCUUUUUUUACAAAAUUCUUACAAUAAAAAUAAAGUUAAAUAAUAAAGUUAUAUUUUUAUUAUAAUAUAGUUACAGAAAAAUAUUUCGAAAUACAUUUGAAAAUUAACACAAAUCAUAACAUUCCAUGUCAUCAAUGUUUAUAAUUGAUUUAUAUUAGGUUAUCUAAACAUAUAUGUAUGUUUACAUAGAGACGCACACACAUACACAUAUUAAGAAAUAAAUAUCGCCAUAUACUUACAA